ACACCUCGGAUAAUGGAUAUCAUAUGGGACAAUACGCACAAAUGUAUGACAAAAGACAACCCUACGAGUCCGAUAUAAAAGUACCAUUAAUUAUAAAAGGUCCGGGCAUUGAGGAGAACACCACAAGUGAUCUGCCUGUCAUCAAUAUAGAUUUAGCACCAACUAUUAUAUCCUUAGCUGGUCUAAAACCAUCUAGAUUAAUGGAUGGAAGACCUAUAGAGCUAAUUGGAAACAAGACUAAAACAGAAAGAACAAUGCUGGUGGAGUAUUAUGGAGAAGCAAAAGACGGAACCGUGGAUCCUGAAUGUCCUUGGAGCUAU